CAUAUCCAACUCUCACAUAACACACCAUGGAAGAAGAGCAACCUCCGGCCAAGAAACGAAACAUGGGAAGAUCUAGAAAAGGUUGUAUGAAAGGUAAAGGUGGUCCAGAGAACGCUACUUGUACUUACCGUGGAGUUAGGCAACGUACAUGGGGUAAAUGGGUCGCUGAGAUCCGUGAGCCUAACCAUGGCACCCGUCUAUGGCUAGGCACUUUCAAUACCUCAGUCGAAGCCGCCAUGGCUUAUGAUGAAGCCGCUAAGAAGCUUUACGGACACGAGGCGAAACUCAACUUGUUGCACCCACAACAACAACAAAAGGAAAAAGUGAAUAGGAACUUGUCUUUCUCCGACCACGGGUCUGGUUCUUGGGAUUACAAGCUAGCGGUUCGUGGGUUGGACCUUGGUCUCGUCCCGUCAAGUGGGUCACGCGGUUCGUGGUUGGGGAGUUUUAGUUUUAUGCAAGAAGAUGAUAAAACUACAAGUGAGUCGAGUGUUUCUUGGUUAUUACCAAAACGAAGUGAUUCACAAUAUCAAGAAAGCGUUAAUGCUGCGAGUAGCUUGACGUUUUCGACGAAGUUGAAACCGAUGACUCCUGAUUAUGGAUUAUCAAAUGGAGUUGGCUCUAGGUUUCUUGUGGAGCAAGAAAUGAAGACGGUAUACGAUGUGUCAUCAUCGUGUGUCUGGUCGGAUAAUAAGGAGAGUAUCUUGGUUCCUAGUGUCGGCGGCGGAGAAGGGAUGCAUAGGACGGAGGUGGAGGAGGGAACAGGGUAUUUGGAGAUGGACGACCUUUUGGAGAUUGAUGAUUUGGGUUUGUUGAUAGGCAAAAAUGGAGACUUCAAGAAUUGGUGUUGUGAUGAGUUUCAACAUCCAUGGAAUUGGUUCUUAGAGUGAGUUUUAUUUAUAUAUUAUUAUCAUUGUUAUUGUUUUAUCAUAAAUCUCUCUUUAGUUCGAUAUAUAAGAUUAGUUAAUUUGUUAUUUAUACAUAUUAAUCGUCAUGUGUGUAUAAAUAGGUUUGAGAAUGUUUUGAG